CAAAUCAACAACUCGAACAUCUUCAGAAUUGACGAAAAUCUGGAGUGUCGGGAGCAUCAUCAUCAAACACUUCGAGAUCUUUGAUACUCAGCCAACGUAACAGCGAUCCCAUCGGCAUCUCUGUCCACAUCGGUUACUGAAGACAAUCCUGGGCCAGCACUCGCGAGAUCAUAUCUAUUAUUUUAAGCAUCUUUCAGCAACGUUCCGAGAAGGGAAGGUCUGGAUUCGCACUUUGUGGUCGGGUUCCAAAGCCCGCCAUCAUGGUCAAUCCCUUCUCCCUGAUACAGAGAGGGCUGAAUAUUCUGUUGCCAUUCGCAACUCCGGGGACGCCUCUAUACCAGGAUCUACUCCAUCUCGCAGCACUUUGUACAGCGUUAUACUAUGCUCCUCAGAUUCAAGCCUACAUUCAGGACCAGAGACAAUCACAGAAUCAACCACAGCCGGACCAUCAACCUGAUCAACACAUUCCCGAGCCUGAACCUCAAGCACCGGAACAAGGAGGUCAACAAGCGGUACCUCCACCACGACCAUUCAUUGAAGACGCCGAAGAGGACGAACAAGAACAGCCAGAUGCCCCCUUCAAUGACUUCGCUGGACCUGCAGACCCACCACAAGAUGACGAUGGUGAGCCUGGUCCCAUAAACCCACGUCCCCAAGCACCUCCUGGCAGCGGCAACAAUCGCACAGUUGGUGCCAAGAAGGCAAAAUCACUCCAACGCCGUGAUCAACGUCGUGCUUAUCAUGAAUUUAUGCGCUCGCAAGGAGAAGCUCAACGUGCGAGAGAUGCAGAGGGAGCAGAGGAGCGUGAAGCACAGCUUGCGGCAGAGAGGGCUAGACGUGCGGCAAAGGAGGCAGAAGUCGAGGCUAAGCGUGCAAAGGAGAGGGAAGAGAAGAGGCUGAAAGAAGAGAAGGCCAGAGAGGAAGAGAUUCAGAGAAGGGAGAGAGCCGUACGACUCGUAAGGGAAGGUCUUGAGGCCAGACCAGUUGUCGAUCUCGAAGAUGUGGCGAGACAGGUCGGAGGAAGCGUCAACCGGGAGUGGGUCGAAGGUUUGGUCAGAGCUUCUGGGCUGCUUCUUGAAAGCCAAGGACAGCAUCGCACCAUGAUCACUACGAGCGGAUGGGUGGUCAAAGUGGAGAGAGAAGAUAUGGAGGCUUUGUAUAACCAAUCUGCUGAAGCUGCGGACGACACAGACGGUACAGUGUCAUACGCUGACCUUGGUGGACGACUCGAGAGCAUUUUGGAGAAGAGAGUCACUGCUGCGAGGUAGAGAUCGAAAUUCAAGCCAUACAGAACAACACAAGCUGUGAAGUGUGCAAUGA